AUGGACCUUCUGCACAGCUGGGGGGUCGAGCUUUCUGUGAAUCUGCAAAACAAGUAUCGCAGCUAUGAAGGACUGUUUGGUCUGGCCUCGUCCGUGGCAGAUCUGCACAUGACCUUUUUCUUAUUUUUCCCAUUUUGGUUUCACCUGCGACGGGACGUGGCCAUCCGCCUCAUCUGGGUGGCUGUGGUCGGAGACUGGCUCAACCUGGUUCUGAAAUGGGUGCUGUUUGGAGAGCGUCCGUACUGGUGGGUCCACGAGACUGGCUUCUAUGGCUCAGGCCCGGCUCCGUCUCUGCAGCAGUUUCCCAUCACGUGUGAGACUGGACCAGGAAGCCCCUCAGGUCACGCUAUGGGAGCGGCUGGAGUCUGGUACGUGAUGGUCACAGCUCUGCUCUCCAUGGCAACAGAGAAACAGUGUCCAGCGCUGCUGUACAAGUUCCUCCAGGUGCUGCUGACUUCUGUGAUGGCCGCCGUCCUGCUGAUCGUCUGCAUGUCUCGAGUUUACAUGGCUGCACAUUUCCCUCAUCAAGUCAUCGCUGGUGUCCUCACAGGGAUCCUCGUUGCUGAAGUGGUCUCUCAGUUCAGGUGGAUCUACAGCGCUAGUUUAAACAAAUACUUCUUCAUCACCCUCUUCCUCACCUCCUUCGCUGUGGCCUUCUACCUGCUGCUCAGAGCAGUGGGCGUGGACCUCCUCUGGACCAUGGAGAAGGCCCAGAAGUGGUGCAUCCAUCCAGAGUGGGUUCACCUGGACACUGCCCCCUUCGCCAGCCUGCUGCGCAACAUGGGGACCCUGUCCGGCCUGGGCCUGGGUCUCCACUCGCCCCUGUACAAAAACACUAAACAGAGGAGUUAUGGCUUCAGGAGCAGCUGCACCGCAGUCUCUCUGGCUCUGCUUUAUGUUGUGGAUGGAUGGACAUUUUCACCUGAAAACCACACCAGCUUCUAUUUCCUGUCAUUUGGAAAAAGCACUUUAGCGAUUUUUAUUCCUACCUCAUUAGUUCCUUGGGCACUGGGCAAGAUUUUUACAGAAGAAAAAGGCGGCAAGUAUCGGUAA